AUGCAAAGUGUUUUACCAGCGAAUGAACAUGUACAAAAUAUGGCAUCAUCAAUGAAUAAUACAAAUUCAUCAUAUAAUUCUCAUCCGUCUGGUGGUGCUUCUAAUAUUGGUAAUUCAUAUUCGUCAACGACAAUGAGGGAAGAUAGUCAUCCAUCACCAACAGGUUCAUCAUCAUCGUCAUCUAAUAUUUUUGGUGGCGGUAGCACAAGUUUAUCUCCUCAUCAAUCACCGUCAAAACCUACGUGGGCACAAAUAUUAAAUUCAAACUCCGGAUCGCCUCAAUCAACAGCUUCCGUUUCAACAUUAUCAAUACCAACAUCGACAACAGCCACAACGGCAAAUACUACACAACCUCAAUCAAAACAGUCUUCAUCUUCUACACCAUUCAACUUUUCAUCACAACGUUCAACAAAUCGUUCAACAAAUUUUUAUGAUCAACAACCUUCACUACUAAACAAAUCCUCUUCGAUACCACAAAUGAAUUGGUCAUCAAUGAAUUCUGCCGAUCAAAACUUUCCAUGGACUAUUGAAGACAAUAAACAACCACCACCACAAGUCCAGCAACAAAACCUUAACAGCAACAAUAAUAAUAGCAGUUUACCAGCAGCGACAACAGCAACCAAGAGUAAUUCAUCUGUUAAUGAUCAUUUUUCACUAAAUAAUAAUGAUGAUGAUGAUAAUAAUAAUAACAAUAAUACUAAUAGUAACUUACUAAUUGAUGAUUCAACUGGUUUUGAUCAUAACGACUCCGGCAGUCCGACACCAGAAUGGAGUAAAACAUUUGGAGUUUUACAGUCCGAUAGAUCAUCAUCAAAUGGAUGGAAUACAUUUCAAUCUUCAAAUGCUACAUCUAAUAAUAAUAAUAAUAAUAAUAAUAAUAAUAAUAAUACGUCUAGAUUAACAAAUAAUAAUCAAUGGCCGUCCGAAUACAAAAUUUUAUCAAAUAAUCCAAAUAUAACAAAUAUAAAUAACAAUAGUUCUUGGCCAGAUAAUAAUAAUACUAUGUCCUCAUCAUCGUCGACAUGGAACGAUAAUAAUAGUGAUUCGUCAACAUUAAGUGCAAUAUCAAAAAAUAAAUCAACAUCGGGUAGUGCCAAUAAAUCUACGUCAAAUACAAAUAUAUCAUCCGCAACAGAUAUGGGCCCUGAACCAAUGAUUGUCUAUGUUCCGCAACCAAAAUUAGUUGAACAACUUGGUUGGGAUGAACCUGAUAUUAAAGUUACUAAACGUAAUUUUGAUGAUGGUACAUCAAUUUGGGGUGACCCAAGUGAUUUACGCAAUAUGCCCGUUAAAAAAUGGACAAAUGGAACAAAAGCAGCAUUAACAAAUUCAACAAAUAUUAUAUUACAGCAACAACAGUUAAAACAACAACAACAAUUAACAGUGGUUCCAACCCAAAUGAUUAUUGGUGAUGAAAAUUGGCCUAAACAACAAUCACCAACAACUCAAACACCAUCUGCAUCAUCAUCACAAUGGAAUGAUACUCCAGCUGCUGCACCAACACCGCCUUCUUCAAUGACAAAUAACACUAAUGAUCAUUUACGUUUAAAUGUCAAUAAUAAUACGGCGACGACAAAUUCCAAUUUAUGGCACAAUCAACCACAACAGUCUGUUAGUAAUGACUGGAUGGCAGAGGGACAAGUUGAUACAAGUGAUUGGGGCUUGCAAGGAUCUCAACAGAAAGCACCAUUUGAUCCAACAGAUGGUCAAGUUGAUACAAGUAAUUGGGGUUUACAACAACAAUCUGGUCAAGGACCACCAUCAAUAUCUUUAAAUCGAAAAUAUAUGGAUUAUGAAACGACUGAUAAUCAAGAACAUCUACAUAAUAAUAUUAUGGGUGGGCGACCGUUAAAAAGUAUGAAUGUUAUGGAUCCAUACGAUAACAACAUUGAUGCAUUUCGACAAUCAAAUGAUAUCAAAGGUGCUCCGGCUGUUGUUGGUCUCGGUGGUCUCAUACCACCAAAUCCACAUCAUCUCAUUCAACACCAGCAUCAUCCAUUUGGCAAUUUGGCAAGACCAAAUCAGCAACCGUAUCAAAAUGCUAAUGUACUACGUCCGAUAAAUUCAAAUACAAUGAUGCCACCACCGACAGGUAUGGCGAAUCAAGGAUCUCAAUUGCCAUCAGGUGCAAUUAUUGGUGCGGGCGGACUGUUAUCACCAAAAUUAACUCCUACAUCACCAAUACCAAAUCAAGCACAUUAUAUUGCUAACAAUACAUUACAAGGCAAACAACAAAUAUUGCAGCAACAAUCUCAACAAACCCCUCAACAACCAUUAUCUCAAACGCCAACACCCCAACAACAGGUUGUCGUCAACAAUGGCGCUGUACAUGCGCAAAUAAUGCAGCAAUUUCGCUUAGCUGUACAAGCUGGUUUGAUUAGUCAAGAUUUGUUGAAUACAAAAUUACCUCCCUACAUGUUGCAAUUAUUACAAAAACUGUUUGAGUUACAACAAAAAUUUCAAACAUUAUCGAUACAGUUAUCCGAUUUUAUCAAACAAAAACAACGUUUCCCGUUGACAUUUUAUCAAAAUGAAUAUGAACGGUUAAAUAAGUCAAUACAGCAGAAAAAACAAGAAAUGUUAAUUGUACAAAAACAAAUACAAGAAGCGCAUACAAAAUUGAAACAACAACAAAAUGCGCCAACACCAACGCAAAUGAUGAAUGGACCAUCCUCCGUGACAACAAAUAAUAGUGAUCUCAGUGAUCGUAUGCAACAUGUUUUGCAAAUUAAUCAGAAUCAACCAUCGUCUCAAGCAGGCACACCACUACCAACUCAACAAAGCGGUCAAAAUUCUGCUGUCGAUCAAUCUCGAUUACAUCAAUGGAUGAAAUUACCUCAUCAACAACAAGCACCUGGUACUAAUUUACCAACUCGUUUGCCACUCAUGUUUUCUAAUUCGGCAACAAAUUCACAACAAAACAUAACAAAAACACCAGUUAAUGAUUCGAAUCCAUCAUGGCCAUCGGGAUCUUCCACGACAACAACGAUAACAAACAGUGAAUCACCUUCUUCUCAUCAAAAUGCUCAAAAUCCAAACGCAGAUAAUUGGAAUGACGGAAACUCGAGCUCGUCAUCACCGUCUUCAGCCAAUAAUACAAAUAAUGAGUCGGCAUUUCCCGAUUCGUUAAUUGGAUCGGAUCUUGUCGACGAUAUUGAUGGCCCACCACCGUUUGUGCCUGGGCAACUGUGGAACUGGAAACAAGUACCAAAUGCUGAAGAUGAUCCACAUGUAACACCUGGUUCUAUAGCUAAACCAACAAUGUCGAUGUCAAAUCUGCCACCAAAUUCAUCAACAGGUAAUGAAUCACAACCAAGUGCAUUUACAAAUCCUAAUUCGCAGUUUAACAAUCAACAAAUGCAACAUGCUUAUGCCCAGUUACAACAGCAACGUUCAAAUAACAAUAACAAUAAUAAUAAUCGAGCUAUGUGGACACAAAAUAUGCAUGAACAAGCUCAAAUGGCUGCUCUCGCCUCGGCUGCCACAAAUAAUAACAACAAUUCUCAACAAUUUCAUCCUUCUCAACAACAACAACAAAUGAAUGAACUUGCCUGGGGAAAAAAUAACUCCUAUCGUAAUAAUCCAUCAAUAAUGAAAUCAAAUCAACAGUUACCAUUAUCACUUGGUAUCAAUCCUCAUAAUCAACAACAACAGCAACAACAUCAUCAUCCACCCUUACCUCAUCAAACCUCAUUUUUUCGGCCAUAUAUGCAAUGA